CGGGAGUCGGAGUCUCGGCACCUAGACAACAGAAAGAGGUUGCGGUCCCACUGCAAAACAACUGCGCGAAGCUUAGUCCUCAGGGCCCAGCCGCCGCAAAGCUGUCUGGGAAGAGUAGUCGGCAAGUCACGUGAGGCGCCUGACGGCUCGUUUAGCCGCCAAGCCUCCUGGGAAAUGCAGUCGGGGGCGGCACGGCCCUCGUGACGUGAGGGAAAGAGGAAUCGGGUGACAAGAGUGGGGCCUGAGGGGGACCCACAAGAUGUCGCCUCCCGCGCCGGCGCGGGGGACUAAGGGCCCAGGCACAGGAAGAGAGUGCCUGGAAGCCGGUUGUCACGGCAACACGAGGGCUGAUUUGUACGAGAAAGGCGGGCCUUUAGUCACGUGAUCAGGUCAGUGGUUGAGGCCAGAGGAGAGCUAGGCGGGAGGCUGUUGCCCGGCAACGCCUGGGAGCGGAGUCCCCACAGUAUAGCCCCUCCCCCCGAGGAGGUGGGCUCGGAGUCGCGUGACUCAGACCCUACGGGAGGGGGCGCGGUCGGAGCCUGGCGGACGCAGUGGUGAAGUGAGGGCAGAGGGGCGCACGCGUGGCUCCCAGGCCCGGACCCCAGCCCCGCUGGACAGCGGGAGAAACUGAGGCCUGAGUGGGUGAGUUCGCGAUUGGGAGAGUGCAGUGAGUCGCACGCCCCCUUUGUCCAGAGGGGAAACGGGCCCGGCGAGGUCAGGGGGCUGGUGGGUUCUGCGAGGAUCGGGUUUCCUCCUUUCCUCCCCCAUCAGAGCCUGGCUGUUUCAUCCAUCCAUUCAUCUGUCCGCCCACUCACCCACCCAGUUUGCCAGCCAACCCCUGCGAGGGAACUAUGGUCAGGGCCAGUUUGAGGAGAGUGUUGAGCUGUGGGGCUUCAGGGCUUUCCCUGGAAGUGGGGAGAGGUGGGAGAGUGUUCCCUGCUGAGGGGACGCUGGCGUGACUGGGUUAGGGCGAGGAGUUCACUUUUCUGAGAACUGAUAGAUUCAUGGAUAGGAAGUGGGGAAGAUGAGGAUGGACAGAGAGCCGAGGCCAGACCUGCUGGGUCUCGUGGGCUGAGGUGAGGAGGGUGUGGUCUCCAUCUGGGGCAGUGGUGAGCCCUGGGAGGGUUUGGAGCAGGAAGGGACAUCUCAGAUGUUUUUGGACAAAGAUCCCUAUGGCCUUUCCUCUUUGCCCCAUGCAGUUCAGAGGAUAGAAACCCUAAGAUGUGAUGGGCUUGUGCCCUUUUCAGGGGAGAUCCAUGACCCCCUUAACUUUAAUCACCUGGCCUGUUUAUAUCUUUCACCUUCUCCCUGGAACAAGUAAAUAACACGGGCACCUCCAUCUCCAAGCCAGUCCUGAGUGUCCGAUUCCUUCUGGGUGUCUCCAGACAGAGUUAUCUUUCUGGGCUCCCCCACCUCUCACCUUCCUCAUAUCAGUCUGGGUCAGUCUAUCUGUUGAGUACCUACUGCAUGUCUGGCAGUUCAGGGCACAGAAGAUCCAAAAGGGAGCAAAACAGAAGCAGGUUUCCAUUUCCUUUCUGCCCUCAUGGAGCUGAGUCUAAGGGGAGAGAAGGAUCCUGAACAGGUAGCAAAUCAUCAAGAUGAUUUCAGGGGAUGACAAGUGCUGAGAAGGAGAAAAGUUCUACAGGUAAGAGAGAGGGGGUGACCAGGAACAGAGGUGCUUUAGAGAAGGAGGCCAGGGAAGUGCCCCCUGAGGAGGUGAUUUUUCCAGCCAAGACUUGAAAGAGCAAGCCAUUGAGUUGUAUUUGGGAAUACAAAAUACAGCCUCGUAGAGGGAACAGCCAAUGCAAAGGCCCUGAGGCAGGAUGGUGAGUGGCUGGUUCCAAUGAACAGUGAAGAGGCUGGUGUGGCAAAGCAGAGUGAGCAAGAGGGGCUGGUCCAAGCAGACCCUUUUUGGUCACCAAGGCUUUUGUUCUAAGUGAAACGGGCAGGGUUUUCAGUAGGGGAAGAAGAUUGCUGCAGUGGUUCAGGUGAGCUAGAUGAUGACCUGGACCAGGUGGUGGCUCUGCAGAUGGAGAAGAGGGGGCAAGGCCAGGGGCAUCACCGCUGGCUCUUCGAACAAAGACGCCGUUGGGGAAAUGGGUGUGACUGGGGUGUGACUGUGGGCCAGGCCUGUGCCGGCCCCCCCUCUCUCCUGCUGCAGGCCCAGGGAGGGCCAUGAAGGUGCUGCUGCUCGUGGGGCUGGGAGCCCUGUUCUUUGCCUAUUAUUGGGAUGACAACUUUGACCCAGCCAGCCUCCAGGGAGCCCGUGUGCUGCUGACUGGAGCCAGCGUGGGCGUCGGGGAGGAGCUGGCAUAUCACUACGCGCGCCUGGGCUCCCACUUGGUGCUCACUGCCCACACCGAGGCUCUCCUGCAGAAGGAGGGCUGGACUACCUGGUGAUGAACCACCUCGGCGCCGCCCCAGCAGGCACGCGGGGCCGCAGCGCCCAGGCGACACGCUGGCUCAUGCAGGUGAAUUUCCUGAGUUACGUGCAACUGACUUCGUUGGCGCUGCCGAGUCUGACUGACAGCAAGGGCUCCCUGGUGGUAGUGUCCUCGUUGCUAGGCCGCGUGCCCACGUCCUUCUCCAGCCCCUACUCGGCGGCCAAGUUCGCGCUGGAUAGCUUCUUCGGCUCUCUCCGGCGGGAGCUGGACGUGCAGGACGUGAACGUCGCCAUCACCAUGUGCGUCCUGGGCCUCCAGGAUCGCGCCUCGGCCGCCGAGGGAGUCAGGGGCGUCACAAGGGCCAAGGCGGCCCCAGGGCCCAAGGCAGCCCUGGCUGUGAUUCGUGGCAGCGCCACGCGUGCCUCCGGCGUCUUCUACCCGUGGCGCUUCCAUCUGCUCUGCCUGCUUCGCGGCUGGAUGCCACAGCCAAGGGCCUGGUUCAUCCGCCAGGAGCUCAACAUCACGACCCCCGCUGCUGCCUGAGCCCCUGGGCUUAAUGCCCCUUCGUCUUCCCAGAAGACCCUCCAGCCAGUCGUCCUGGAGCCCGGACAGACACCUCUGAGCAGGUGGCCAAGGGCCAAAAGAAAGUCAUCAAGACAGAAAAGUAAACCUGAGAAAAACUACCAGCACCUGAAAACAGUCAGAACUCGGGGCGUGCCCGGCAUCUUGUCAGGGACUUGGAAGGCAAUUAAUUACCUCAGUCUUCUCAGCUGUCAUUGAUGAUAUGAUUGCUGCUUCCAUUUUGCAGAUGAGCAAACUGAGGCUCAGAGAGGCUAUGUGACUUGCCUCAGGGCCCUGGCCACAUCAAGCAGGUCACAACACUACUGAGCCACCCUUGGAACCCUCUCUGUUUGCGACCUGAAACCACUGCGUCCCUGAUUUGUUCUUUCCACUCACUCAGCCUCGGAGCAUCCCACAACCAUUUUCCCGAGCAGGGGAGCCCUCGAAGCUGUCGAGUUGAUGGUGGGGUCUGAGGAGGGGGAAGAGGAAAAGAAUGUUCUGGGCUGGAUCCAGCCUCCCAUUUGAUAAUAAAAAGCUUUCUUCCCUUGCA